AUGGACCGUUUGCGGUUGAUCGGCCAUCGGCUUUCGUUUUCGAAACAUACACCACCCAACCCCACAUCCCACAGCAACUUAUCGUCGUCUUUAAAAGUCCAAACCAACGAGUACAACCCGGAAGAACUCGCGGAGUCGUCGGAAUCCGAGUCGGAAACAGAGGAGAAUCUCAAGAAAGAGGAGGACGAGAAGGACUAUUGCGAAGGAGGGUAUCAUCCCACGUAUUUCGGUGAGCGGUACGGCACAGAGAAACAGUAUGUGAUUGUGCGGAAGCUUGGCUGGGGCCAUUUUUCCACCGUUUGGCUCGCGUACGAUUCUAUACACCAUCGCCAUGUGGCCAUCAAGAUUGUUCGGUCUUCCAAGAACUACAGAGAGGCCGCCUUGGACGAGAUCAAGAUAUUGGAGAAAGUCAACAAUGGGCCAGAAAACCAUCCCGGACGAAGACAUGUGGUGCAGAUGUUGGACCAUUUCGUCCACACGGGGCCGAACGGAGAACAUAUUUGUAUGAUUUUCGAGGUUUUGGGCGAAAAUAUGCUCAGCCUUCUACUCAGAUACAAGCAGUUUCAGAAGCAAAAAACAGAGGAGUACAAAAAAACGUCUGUUUCAGACGACGACAACUUGUCUGCGAUUUCUGUUGAACAUCACAUGAGCACGAUCAACGAUCUUACGAUACUGAAGGAAAGCUACGGGGGUCUUCCGCUGACUUUGGUCAAGCAGAUCGCCAAACAAUUAUUGUUGGCCCUCGAUUACCUGCACAGAGAGUGCGGCAUAAUUCAUACUGACAUCAAGCCGGAAAACGUUUUGGUGGAGAUCAACGACGUGGAGAAACUCGUGCAGAUGCUCGAGCGAGAAAGAAAAGAUAGAAAGCUCUCGCGUCACCGGAACUCGAGAUCUCAGCAGAGCUCGGACCCCGUCGUUGGCGACAGGUCCCGAUCCGCGUCGCACAGACCCAAGCCGAUCCGCCUGUCCAAGCCGUUGACAUCCCCUGUGGAAACCAGGGGCUCGGUGGACAAUUUCUUCCGUUCGUUCUCGUUCUCGCAGAAACGUGCCAGCUCUCAUGAGUCGUUCAUGCAUGCCAAGAGCGAAUCUGCGCCGGCCGUCUCCUCGAUUCCGCCGGUGCCGCCUGUUCUUGCUCCGAAUCCUGCAGCGUUUACAAUUUCCCCGCAGGCGAUUCCCGAAGAAGAGGAGUCGUCCGAGGAGAACGACGAGGAGUUUGUGGACGCCACCGAACCGCCGAUCCCGUUCCCGGACCCAGUGACGAGCGCCACGCGGCGUGUAUCGUCGUUGACAAUAGACCCGCACCAGCCUGUCUCGCGGCGAGAAUCUGUGCUGUCCACCGUGUCGCGCCAGUCGUCCACUGCCACCACGACGAUGGACUUCGACUCGAUUAUUUCUGUCAAGAUUGCAGAUCUGGGAAACGCCUGCUGGACCAACCUGCACUACACGAACGACAUCCAAACGCGACAGUACCGUGCGCCAGAGGUGAUCCUAGGCGGCAAGUGGGGCUGCUCCACCGAUCUCUGGUCUGCAGGAUGUUUGAUCUUCGAGCUGAUCACGGGCGACUAUUUAUUCGACCCCAAGACAGGAACAACGUACAACAAGAACGACGACCAUCUGGCCCAGAUCAUCGAGCUGCUCCAGAUCUGGCCGUCCAAGUUGUACUUGAAGAAGUGCAAGUACUCGCGAGAGUUUUUUGACAAGUCGUUCCAGUCGCUCAAGAACAUUUCCAAGCUCAAGAUCUGGACGUUACUUGCGGUGUUGGUGGAGAAGUACCACAUCGAGGAGCCUCUUGCUUACGACAUUUCCAAGUUCCUGCUUGCCAUGCUGGAGUUUGAGCCAAAACGACGCAUGGACGCUGGCUCUUUGAGCAAUUCGCCCUGGCUCAGCGACUGUCAGCUGGAAGAGCACUUGGACAGAGAAUACGGGCUGCGCGGGCAGGACAUCAAGGGAUGGUGCUGCGAGCAGUCCGACUGA